AUUCCUAAAUUUACACCCCCUUCCCCACAUCUCACACCCCCCUUUCCCGCACCCCCACAGAAAUAAUGUUCACCAUGGAUUUCGAUGAACACUAUUUGGCAAUUCACACAGAUAGAAUAACAGAAUCCCCUUCACUCUGCUUCCACUUUCCGCGCUUCUCCUCCUUCCUUCAUUUUCUCCUCAUGGCCUCACCACGCAUCUCGCCCUUCCCCUUCCGUAAGUCCUUCUUAUCUGCCGUUUCAUAUCUGAGAAUCAAAUAUUAAAGCCACACGCAUUUUCACUCUUAAUUUUGUGAAUUUCGUCCUUUUUGAGUUUGUUAUUACGAUCGUUAAUUUGAUAGCUGUUUAAUUUGUGUAUAGUUUGUUCAAGUGCGGUAUUUUUCGAUGUACAAAAAAUAUCCAACCAAACAAAAACAACGUGGAUGGGGAUGAUCGUCAAUAAUCACGCAAGGAAAAAAACAACCAUUGCUUCGCUCAAAAUCAAAACAAACAGUGUUCAUCGACAAAUCCAUGGUGAACAUUUUUUCUGUGCAAUGUGUGUGCCAGCAGCCACGCUCGUCGCAAUUGGGGUGGGCCUCGUGCUUUUGGGGAACAAUAGAGACCUGGCCACUGUAGAGAAACUGGGGGUGCAAUUGCGGCUACAAUGUUUGUCACUUUAGGAAGAAGGGGGGUGUGGGGUGUGGGGUGUGGGAUGCAGAAAAGGGAGUGUAAAUUUAAGAAUUUUAUUUUUUUAAGGGUAAUUUAGAUAUUAUAUAUAUAUUUUUUUAAAAAGGGGGUGUAUUUAUACGAGAGUGGAGGUGUGUUUAUCAUCUGCCUUGAAAAAAAGGUACAAAUAGUUGAGCCCAUAAGCAAACCCAAGCCCAAACAUGAUUAGAUUGGGUCCAAAAUACUGUUAAAGCAAGUCCAGCAGUGAUGCACCCAAGACCCUACGUUUCACGGUUUGAGGUUGAGUGACCCCGAAGUGAACAAUUCAUAAAAGAGGAGUAGCUUGAUAACAAAAGUGUUAUCCGAAAUAAUCACAAGCCCCUUAAGCUCUCUCACUCACCAUGUUCCUUCUCCCAUCCCCCUCCUCUUCCUACUUAACAAAGCACCAGGAUACUUUCUGUUUUGGCGGUCCCUCUCAUCCUUAUACCGGUAGCCAAACAAGCCGCAUCUGGUGUGCGAAGAGAACCGGGAAACGGAGGUACCCGUCCGAGAAGAAGAAGCUGAGGACAAAGCACAAAGAGCUCUUAUCCGAUGCUAAGGAGAAGAGCAAGUUUGAGGGUACAUGGAGGCUCUUCAAGCUCGCCGUUCCACUCGAUCAGGACCCUGGCAAGGACUUUCUCCGUGUUUCCGAUGGUCUUCUCCAAGAAAUCGCCAAAGUUCUCAAGUUCCCGGUUGCUUCCUUGUUGCCACCAGAAGCUUUCACGGUCGUGAGGAAGUCCUUUGAUGCUAGGAAGAAAUUAAAAGAGCCCAAAUUUGUGCAUACUGUGGACAUGGAUGUCAAAAAACUCAUCAGUCUGGAGCCUCGUUGUUGGGACUUUAUUUCACGGCUGGAGCCUAAAGUUGGCCUUGUGGAACCCGUGCAUGAUGGAAUACAUUUUGGUGAUCUGACAAGUAUCAUUCGUGAAGGUAAAGAAAAUAAAGAAGCUGUACUAAAAGGGGGAAAUGGACAUGGCAUUUCCUCAACAGAGUUGUACAAGAACCAGGCUACUAGAAAGCCAAAAAUUGCAGUAGUGGGUUGUGGGCCUUCUGGCCUAUUUGCUGCUCUUGUUCUUGCAGAGCUUGGUGCAGAUGUUACACUGAUAGAAAGAGGUCAACCGGUAGAAAAAAGGGGGCGUGACAUUGGUGCUCUUGUAGUUCGUCGAAUUUUAGAAUUGGAAAGCAACUUCUGCUAUGGGGAGGGUGGUGCAGGUACCUGGAGUGAUGGAAAGUUGGUAACCAGAAUUGGACGCAACAGUGGCAGUGUUCUUGCAGUUAUGAGAACUCUAGUGCAGUUUGGAGCUCCAGAACAGAUAUUGAUUGAUGGAAAACCUCACUUAGGAACAGAUAGGUUGGUUCCGUUACUUCGCAACUUUAGGCAACAUCUGCAACAUUUGGGUGUCACCAUAAAGUUUGGGACAAGAGUAGAUGAUUUAGUUAUAAAAGAUGGACAUGUUCUUGGGGUUAUGGCAUCUGAAUCAGCUGAUAAAUUACAUUUAACAAGUCAGAAGAUGGAAUAUGAUGCAGUUAUUCUGGCUGUUGGUCAUUCUGCUCGUGAUAUAUAUGAAGUGCUUCUUGCUCACAAUGUGGAGUUAAUACCAAAAGAUUUUUCUAUAGGGCUACGGAUUGAGCAUCCUCAAGAACUAAUAAACAGCAUACAGUAUGCUGAAUUGGCUUCCGAGGUUUGUCAUGGCCGUGGUAAAAUUCCAGUGGCAGAUUACAAAGUUGCUAGUUACAUUGACAAGGAGGAUUUCUAUGGAGCAUCUGAUGCAGGGGUGGCAAACCGAAGUUGCUACUCUUUUUGCAUGUGUCCAGGUGGGCAGGUUGUUCUCACUAGUACAAGUCCAUCAGAAAUAUGCAUCAAUGGAAUGUCAUUUUCUCAGCGAGCGUCUAAGUGGGCAAAUGCUGCACUUGUGGUGACAGUCACAACAAAGGAUUUCGAAGCUUUGGAUUAUUAUGGUCCUCUUGCAGGGGUCAAAUUUCAGGACAAGCACUCAGGGAGGAUGAUUGGACAUGCUAGAGAAUGGAAUGGCCUCUAUUAUUUGGACAACCCAAAUCUGCCCCCAAACCUACACAACAAUGGCAACCUUUUUUUCUUUGAUUCAAUAAAGAACAACAGGGAGAAGGUCCUCCUACAACACUGUCAUCUUCGACAUCCUUCCUUUAGAGUCAUAAAAUUGUUAUUCCCUUGCCUUUUAAAUAAAUUAGAUGUGGAGAGUCUUCAUUGUGAAGUUCGUGAACUUGCUAAACACAAGUGUGUGCCUUUUCCAAUUAGUAAUAAAAUGAGCACUUAUCCCUUCUAUUUAAUUCAUACUGAUGUAUGGGGUCUCUCAAACAUCCCAAAUGUAUUUGUUGCCUGUUGGUUUCUUACUUUUAUAGAUGUUUGUACUCGGGUUACAUGGGUUUUCUUACUAAAACAAAAGUUUGAAGUCAACUUUGUGGUUCAACAAUUUUUCUCAAUGAUACAAAAUCAGUUUGGUGUUAGUAUUAAGAGGAUUAGUUCUGAUAAUGCCAAAGAUUACUUUAAUCAUGGACUUAAUUCUUUUUGCCAAAAAAGGGGUAUUGCGGAAAAAUAUAAUGUAUAUUUCUCUAAUUUGGGAAAAAUACAAAAAUGGUAUAAAUAGAAUACAAGGGAAUAAACCUGCACACUAAUCUAUCCUUGAAAAUCUGGGAAAUAAUUCUCCCUAUAAAUGUUGUAUCUAAAUAAUUAAAGGAGGGGAAAUAAAAUUGAUCUUAUUAACAUUAAAUCCUAUUAUGGGCUAUACAAAUCAGACUUGAAUAUUCUGAUUGAUAUAUGCUGAUCUCCAACAUAUUCUGAUUGAUAUGCAUUGAUCUCCAACACUCCCCCUCAAUCUGGGUGGUAGAUGUCUAUCAUACCUAGAUUGAAUCUAAUGUUUUCAUGUGUUCCUUGGAAGAGCCUUUGUUAGGAUGUUUGCUGUUUGUCUGCAUGAUGGAACAUGGUCAACACUUAUAAUACUGUGGUCAAUUUUUUCUUUAAUGAAGUGUCGGUCAAUCUCCACGUGCUUUGUCCUAUCAUGGUGGACUGGGUUCUUUGCAAUGCUUAUGGAAACUUUGUUGUCACAUAAUAUUCUCAAUGUAACUGAUGGGAAUUCUGAUUUCAUCCAGCAACCUCUUAAGCCAUAUUCCUUCACAGAUACCUUAAGCCAUAGCUCUGAAUUCAGCUUCUGCACUACUCCUUGCCACCACAGGUUGCUUCUUACUUCUCCAAGUCACCAUGUUUCCCCACACAAAGGAGCAAUAGCCUGUAGUUGAUUUUCUGUCAGAGCGGCAUUCCGCCCAAUCCGAGUCAGUGUAGACUUCAAUGCUUUUGUUUGAGUUCUUUUUGAAGUAGAGUCCUCAACCUAGUGUACCUUUGAGAUAUUGGAGGAUUCUGUUCGCUGUUUUCAUGUGGGCCUCAGUUGGAUUAGAUGUAUAGCGCGACUAGCUAAGCUCACAACAAAACCAAUGUCAGGCCUAAUGUGAGUUAGGUAGAUUAGCUUCCCAACUAGGCUUUGAUAUCUAUCUUUAUUAGCUGGUGGACUUUCUUCUUCACUUCUCUUUCCGGUAUAGUGGGAGUAUUGGCUGCCUUGCAUCCAAGCAUGCCGGUUUCUUGAAGUAAGUCCAAUGUAUAUUUUCUUUGUGAUACAUAAAUACCAUUCUUUGUUUGAGCAAUUUCCAUUCCUAGAAAUUAUUUAAGCUGACCCAAGUCCUUGACUUCAAAUUCCUUGGCCAAAAUUCCCUUCAGAUGCUUGAUUUGAUCAUAAUCGUUUCCUGUGAUAACGAUAUCAUCAACAUAAACAAUGAACAAGGCUACCUUCCCUUCCAAGGAGUGUUUGAAAAACAUAGUGUGAUUUGAUUGGCAUUGGUUGAACUCGUCUUCCUUGACAACUCGAGUCAAUCUAUCAAACCACGCUUUCGGAGAUUGUUUAAGGCCAUAUAGAGAUUUUCGCAGCUUGCACACCAUGCUUGAGGUUCUGGAUGACUUAAGUCCUGGGGGAAUUUGCAUAUAGACUUCUUCUUCUAGUUCACCGUUUAGGAAGGCAUUCUUGAUGUCUAGUUGAUAGAGUGGCCAAUCUAAAUUUGCAGCUAAAGAGAGUAUGACUCGAAUUGAAUUGAGUUUGGCCACCGGCGCAAAAGUCUCUUCGAAGUCCACUCCAUAUGAUUGGGUAAACCUUUUGCCACCAGUUGAGCUUUGUACUGGUUUAUACUACCAUCGACAUUGUAUUUGAUGGAGAAUAUCCACUUGCAUCCAAUCGAUUUCUUUCCUUCUAGUAGAGUGGUGAUUUCCCACAUGCCAUUUUUAACCAAGGCCUAGACUUCUUCUAUUACAGCUGCGGCCCAUUCAGGUUGUUGGAGUGCCUCUUGAACAUUCCUUGGGAUAUUUGUGCUGUCAAGAGCUGCCACAAAAGACCUAUACCCCUGUGACAAUUUUCCAUAGGACACAUAUUUCUCAAUGGGUUGAUGAGUGCAAGAUCUCACCCCUUUUCUUAAGGCAAUAGGAAUGUCAAUGUCAUCAAUAGGUUUAGGAUUAGGAACAAUAUUACCUAGGGAAAACUCAUUUUUUGGAGCCUGGUUGGAUUCAUGGCUUUGCCUUGGAUCUGUGCUGGACUCUAUUCCCUUCCUUCUCUUCUUGAAGUACGUCAUCCAGUUGUCUCCUUGUGUGGCUGGGCUUUGAUUCUGCUGAGAUGCAAUCCUCUCUCUAGCUUCAAUUGGUGCAGUUUCUAUUGCAUUUUCUUGUUCAAUUUCUACUACAGAUGCAGUCUCGGUUGGUUCUGCAUUUGGGGCAGAUUUGGUUAGCUCAAAUCCCAAAAAUUCUAUUGCAUUUUCUACAUUUUUUACUGUAAUUUCCUCUUGUGUAGGUGCAAUAUUGGUUGGUUCUGUAUUUGGGGCAGAUUCAGCUAGCCCCAAUCCCAAAAGUUGGGAUUCUACCACUUAAAUUGGAUAAGUCUGCUCCCCCUGAAUGCCAACUUUGGGGUAAUAAGGAUGAUUCUCAAAAAAAGUGACAUCCAUGGUGUGGUAAAAUUUCCUGUUUUGGGGUGAAUAGCAUUGGUACCCCUUUUGGUGGGGGCAGUAGCCAAGGAAGAUGCAUUUGAUGGAUUUCGGGUCAAGUUUGUUGCGAUGAGGAUUGAGGUUGUGGAUGAAGGCUGAACAUCCGAAUAUUUUCAAGGAAAUGGAUGUAAGGAUACGACUGGUAGGAUAUGAAGUUUGGAGAGUAGAAUAAGGGGUGUUAAAGUUGAGGAUUCGGGAGGGCAUUCUAUUUAAGGUAGGUUGCAAAGAGGACAACUUCUCCCCAAAAUUGGUUAGGUACAUUUGUAGCUAACAUGAGAGAUCUGGUCACUUCUAGGAGAUGUCUAUUCUUUCUUUGACGACUCCGUUCUGUUGAGGGGUAUCUACACAUGAACUCUGAUGUAUGAUUCCAUGUUUCUGAAGGUAGGAAUUUGGUGUAGAGUGAUAAUACUCUCGGCCGUUGUCACUUCUAAGCACCUUAAUUCUGCUUUGAAAUUGUGUUUCCACCAUAGUAUGAAACAACUUAAAUAUUCCGCCAACUUCUAAUUUCUCCUUCAUUAGGAAAACCCUAGUGACCCGUGUGUGAUCGUCAAUGAAGGUGACAAACCAUCUUGAUCCAAUGACAUUGUUUACCCGUGAUGGUCCCCAUAUAUCACUGUGAAUUAGGGAGAAAGGUUGAGGGGGUUUAUAGGGUUGAGGCAGGUAGGAGUUACGGGUAUGUUUGGAUAAUUGGCAUAUUUCACGUUGAAACAACUCUUGAUUUUUAUUGAAUAAUGUGGGAAACAUUUUUUUCAAGUACAUAAAAUUUGGGUGGCCUAGCUAAUAAUGCCACAACAUUACAAAAUUUUUCCUAUUUGGAGGUACAAUUGCCCAAGAGUUGGCCUUGGGUUCCACUUUUGACUCUUCAACUUGGAGGAGGUAGAGUCCAGCACAUUCUUCAGCAUUGCCAAUCGUCUUCCCCGACUCCAAAAUCUGAAAUUCACAUAGGUUAGGAAAGAAUUUAGUGACACUCUUCAAAUCUCUUGUUAGUUUGCUAAUGGACAACAAAUUACAGUCAAGAAUAGGCACAUAAAGGACUGAAUUUAGGGUAAUAUUUUGUGAGAUAAUAACUGAACCUUUACCCAUGACCUUAGAAAGAGUCCCAUCAGCUAUCCGAACUGUGUAAUUAUUUAGGCAUGGAGAAUAGCUUUUAAAUACAGUUAAGUCUCUAGUCAUGUGAUCUGAGGCUCCUGAGUCAAUGAUCCAUGACUUUGGUUUUCCUUUGCUAGUAUUUAAAGCAUGCAAAAAAUUACCUUUUUGUGCCACUGUAGCUGUACCAAUUGUUUGCGAGAGAAUUUUCUGUAGUGCUUCCAUUUUCUCCUUGCUGAAUGGAGAUGGAUUAGAAUUUACCUCAUCUGUGUUGCCCCUGCCAUCCAGGUUUUUGGUCUGUUUUGCCUCUGAAGGUCUGCCAUGAAUGAUCCAGUAGUGGUCCUUAGUAUGACCUAGUUUCUUGCAAUGUUCACUCCAAGGCCGGUUUUUCUUUUGAGAUGUACGAGGAUGGUUCCCCCUUGCUGCCAUUGCUAAGCCUUCAAUGGAUGGGGCUGCACUUGACUUUCCAAGCAUCACUUUCCUCCUGCUCUCCUCUUUUCUCACUUCCGAAAAUACUUCUCGGAUUGUUUUAAGAGGUUUGGUUCCAAGGAUUCUCCCCUGGACUUCAUCAAGUUCUGUGUUCAGUCCCAGUAGAAACUUGUAGAUCCUAUCUUUCUCCACCAAGUCUUUAUACUUAUUUUUAUCCUCGGUACAACUCCAUUGAACAUCUUCAUAUAUGUCCAGUUGCUGCCAAUGUUGACUGAGUGUAUUAAAAUACUCGGUGACGGAGAAAUCACCUUGUUGCAGGUCAUGGAGUAUGCUCUUGAUCUCAAAUACUGCAGACGUAUUGUCCACAUUUGAGUAGGUUUCCUUUACUGCAUCCCACAUCUCCUUGGUAGUAUCAUAGUACAUGAAAUUUUCCCUAAUUUCAUUAGUCAUGGUGUUGAGCCACCAUGAAAUGACUAAACUGUUUUCUAGUUGCCAUUUGUUGAGAUUAGGGUCACCCUUUUCUAGACUCUUGGAGUCUCCUAUGAUGUAACCUUCCUUCCCUUUUCCUUGAAGAAAGAUCUUAACUAAUCGCACUUAUUGAGGGUAGUUCUGGCCAUUCAAUUUGUGACCAGUGAUAGGAAGAGCAUGCCCUUCGACCAAACUGGUUUUCGAACCUUCUGCCUUGUUCUCUCCCAUGGUUGGUGGCGCUAGGAUAGGGAUGGUUUAGAUCGAGUUCUGAUACCGUGCGGAAAAAUAUAAUGUAUAUCUCUUUAAUUUGAGAAAAAUACAAAAGUGGUAUAAAUAGAAUACAAGGGAAUAAACCUGCACACUAAUCUAUUCCUAAAAAUCUGGGAAAUAAUUCUCUCUAUAAAUGUUGUAUCUAAAUAAUUAAAGGAGGGAAAAUAAAAUUGAUCUUAUUAACAUUAAAUCCUAUUAUGGGUUGUACAAAUCAGACUUGAAUAUUCUGAUUGAUAUAUGCUGAUCUUCAACAGAUUCUGAUUGAUAUGCGCUGAUCUCCAACAGGUAUCAUUCAUGAAUCUUCAUGUAUCAAAACACCUCAGCAAAAUGGGAUUGCUAAGAGAAAAAAGCGGACACUUACUAGACCAAACUUGGGCUCUUCUUUUUCAACAUAAGGUUCCUAAAUGGUUUUGGGGGGAGGCUAUUCUUACCACAUGUUAUCUAAUUAAUAGACUACCUUCUAGUGUUCUAGCCUCAAAAAGUCCUAUGGAGGUUCUAUCCUCUUUCUAUCCUAAUGUGGCAACAUCCAAUAAACUUGUUUCAAGAAUAUUUGGAUGUGUAUCAUUUGUCCAUAUCCAUAGUGGUGAUAGAGAAAAACUUGAUCCUAAGGCCUUAAAAUGUGUCUUUAUAGGAUACUCAUUCACACAAAAGGGAUAUAAAUGCUAUCACUCACCAUCCAAA